AUGGAUAGCAGCAAUUCGACUGCAGCGCACGGCGGGAGCUCACUCGCCCUCGCUGCUCUCCAGACCAGUCUCCUUGUCCGGGCUUUCUUCACCAUCUUGGCCAUCUGUGUUUGCACCAGAGUUAUCUCGUCGUACCGCUACAGAUCUAUCAAGUACAGCCAGGGGCGCAAUGUAGCCCCUCCUACGAUUCCGUAUUGGAUUCCCGGUCUACGACAUGCUCUGUCACUGGCAUUGGAUAACAAGCACUUCAUGGCCAGAUGCUUCACUAAAUAUGGCGAUGGAACUCCCUUCUUUCUCGAUGGUGCUGGCGAAAAGAUGCUAUUUGUGCGGGACCCAGAACACGUCAAGACUGUGCUCAUGUCGGCACAGCAUUUCGACCCCAACCCUUUCGUCCAUGACAAGAUUCUGGGAGCACUAAUGGGCAGCCCGCAAAAAACUAUCGAUUACUACAAUAGUCCAGGAGUCAACACGGAUUACAUUCAGAUCACGCAUAUUCGCCAGCACACCACUGGCUCCGGCCUCAGCUUGCUUGACAAACAAAUGUUUGACUUCAUGAAGCAAAGCGUACAACAAGCCUUGGAAGCUACGCCCGGAAAUGAAUGGAAGCAUGUUCCGGAUCUCUUCGAUUUCAUCACGUGCCAUGUGACUCACGCCAUUCUUGUCUCGAUCCUCGGCUCUUCCCUGGUCGAAGGAUACCCACAGCUCGUCGACGAUCUCUGGAAACUUAUCGAGGCAACCCCGGAGUUCUUCAUGGGUCUCCCCCGCUUCGCCAUGCCCAAGUCUUACGCUGCACGUGACCGGCUACUCGACAAACUCCGCGAAUAUUCCAGCAAAUCCGAAGAGGUGAGAAAAAGCAAUCAAGCCGAUACAAAAUGGGAUCCUGUAGCAGGGUCUGGUCUACUCCAAGAGCGAGAGAAGAUGUACAGCGAGUUGCCCGAUCAUGACGUACAAGCCCGAGCAUCCCAAACCCUUGGACUUAUGUACGGCGCAACCAGUCUUGUCGUGCCCAUAACAUUCUGGUACUUGUUCGAGAUCCUGCGGGACCCCAAGAUGCACGCAUACGUUAGUUCGGAAAUCCAAGCCCAUGCCACGCCCGAGUCGGGAACGUACAAUCUCAUGCAGCUUGCCACACGCCCUUUGAUACAGUCACUGCAUGCCGAAACGACACGUCUUUACAGUUCCAAUCUGGCGGUACGUCAAGUCACAUCGCCAGUGUUCAAUCUAGACGACAAAUACACUGUUACCAAGGGCACUGAUAUCUUCAUCUCAAACAAAUUUAAUGGACAGUUUUCUGCAGCAUGGGCUGAGGCGCGUCCCAAUGCUCUUGAACGCCCGCUAGAUGUCUUUUGGGCAGAGCGCUUCCUUGUGGAAGGCAAGGGUCGAGACAAGAAGGAAACUUUCAGCGAUGCAGGUCUGUCUGGCAACUGGACGAGCUAUGGUGGUGGUGAACAUAAAUGUCCUGGACGCCACUUUGCCCGCCACAUUGGCCUCACCACACUGGCUAUUUUGAUGGGCGAAUACGAAAUCGAGAUGGUAGACAAAGAGGCUGCAAGCAAGACGGUUCCACCAAUUAAUAAGGCGGCUUGGGGCACCAUGAAGCCAACAGGCAAGGUUGGAGUGAGGAUUAGAAAACGCAAGGCCUGA